CAGACCUGUUCCCACUUCCUCGCAUCUAAACCCACGUCACCAACCCCGACCGAACCUCCUCCUCUCUCUCUCUCUGCUCCACCUCCGUUCGUCCGACUCCGACCGCAGCCCAACUCCUGCUGACUUCAACAUCCAUUCCCCCGCCAUUCGCGCCAGGAUUACUCCAUCUCUACUUCUACUACUUGUUGCUGAUCCCUCCUCCCCCUCCCACCACCACCCUCCGCCGCCGGACCCUCAUCAGCCAACAACAAUAAUGGCGUCGAUCCGCCGGCCGCACUCGCCCGCCAAGCAGCACCUGCUGCGCCACCACCACCCCUUCGCCACGUCCUCCCCGCCCUCCUCGCCGCUCCGCCACUCCUCGACAUCCUCCUCCCCACGCACCCACCACCACCUCCACCACCCGCACCCCUUCCUCUUCUUCACGCGCCGCCCGCUCCCGCGCUUCGCCGCCUUCUUCCUCCUCGGCUCCUUCCUCGGCCUCCUCCACUUCCUCUCCCACCUCCCCCACCAGACCCCGCACCUCCGCCCGGCGUCCUCCAGCCCCGCCGUCAUCCCACGCCACCAGCUCCCCAUCGACCGCCUUAACAACCACCACCACCACCACCACGACGACGACGACGACGAAAGCAACAGCAAGCUGCUCGUCGUCGUCACGCCCACGCGCGCGCGCGCCGCGCAGGCGUACUACCUCAGCCGGCUGGGCCACACGCUGCGCCUCGUCCACCCGCCCCUGCUCUGGCUCGUCGUCGAGGCCGGCGACCCCACGCCCGAGGCCGCCGCCGCGCUGCGGGGGACCACCGUCAUGCACCGCUACGUCGGCUGCUGCGACAAGCUCAACGCAUCCGCCUCCGCCUCCGACGACGCGCUCCGCUUCCGCCCGCACCAGAUGAACGCCGCGCUCGAGCUCCUCGAGAACCACCGCAUCGACGCCAUUGUCUAUUUCGCCGACGAGGAGGGCGUCUACUCCCUCGACCUCUUCAAACGUCUGCGCCAAGUCAGGAGGUUCGGCACAUGGCCUGUGCCAGUGAUCUCCGAGAACAGAAAGGAUGGUGUUGGUGUGGUGCUGGAAGGCCCUGUGUGCAAACAGAACCAAGUCGUGGGAUGGCACACAAGCGAGCAUGCCAGCAAGCUCCGUAGAUUCCAUGUUGCAAUGUCGGGUUUCGCAUUCAACAGCACCAUGCUCUGGGACCCCAGGCUCCGCUCCCAUUUGGCAUGGAAUUCAAUCCGGCAUCCAGACACAGCGAAACAAGGCCUCCAAGCAACAACCACGUUCGUGGAGCAGCUAGUGGAGGAUGAGAGCCAGAUGGAAGGCAUACCCGCUGACUGCUCCCAAAUAAUGAACUGGCAUGUGCCGGCUGGAUCUGAGAAUCUCGCCUAUCCCAGAGGAUGGCGAGUUGCGGCGAAUCUGGAUGUGAUCAUUCCUCUUAAAUAGUAUUCAACAGCUAUGUUCAUCAAAGCAACUGACUCCUUUGACAGGCAUAUACUAUAGAAAUUAAGCCAUGAAGUUUUGGCUUAUAUAGCGCAGAGGAAUCCCAGGUUGACUACAUUGGAGAAGCAGCUCUUCAGAAGGGGAGGAGGCUUUCAGGUUCUGCGCAACCUCAUGCAGAAUUUCUGUUGUUAUAGUCCAACUUUUGGGAAAUAUUUUGUAGGAUGAAAAUUAUAUGAAGCCAGUCAUCUUGCUGCAAAGCCGUGCAUUGUAUAUGUUCAUGUUGUUUGUAUUCUUUCUUCUUCUUUUUAGUUCGCAGGCCAAAAGGCAAUAUGUAGGAUUUUUUUUUUAAAAAAAACUUAUGUUUAGCUACACAUUGUUUCAGGAGUUUUAGUAAAAGCAUGUCACCUUAUCUUCAAGUGCUGC